AUGGAGACUCGUCGACGAGCCGCUCAGCCAGCCCAGCCUCCCAAGGAAGCAGCUUAUGCGCAAUCUUCAAACCCAGUGUCCCAGACACCACAAGAGCAGCGUGUUCCCGUGCAGCAAGUCCGCCAUUAUGGAGAUGCCCCCGCUGCAAUUACGAGAACAGCCGAGUCGAAGCCAUCGAGCGACGAGGCUCGAGCCCAGAUCGCCGAAGAGCAUGAAGAGGAGAGACAGAGGAUGCAAAAUGCCCCCGACACCGACUUGGAGUAUGGAGUGGAACAACAGCCUUCCGAGGGGUAUAUCGCAGAUUCAGUGGCGAAGAAAGGAAUGGGGGUGCAACGAGCUCAGGCCGGUGCCCAUGCCGGCCCGGUCGGAAGUGCAGCGGGACCUGGACACCCCGGUUUCCGGGGAGAGGAAGACCUGGCGGCACAUAUGAACCGCAAAAGAGAAAACCAUGACAGGAUAUUGGACCAAAGGGCAGGGCAGACCCAGGCAUCGGCUGACUGUGGGGUGGCGGAGAGGGAGGCUGUGAGACAACAGAAACUAAGACAAAAUGAGGAGAUCGAUGUCCAAGAGGUCGUCAGAGAAGCAACGGGGGAUCCAGUCGUGGGUAGAUAG